AUGGGGAACUACGACGGCUGCAUGGCGCUGGUGCUGACAGCCGAGGGGCCAGCUCUGGAGUGCAGGCAGUUCGGCGAGCACUACUACACCGUGGAUUUCGCGAACGCGUACGCACGGCAACUUCUCGGCGCCGGCGGCGUCCACGGCAAGGCAUUUCGGGCAGUGGUCGCCGAAUGGUUGGCGUGCGGGUGCGAGGUCACCGCUCUAGCGAAUAGGCAGUCGCAGACGAUGAGCGCCCUGGCGCUGGACAUCAUGGAGUCCGACGCCAUGCGCAGCUUCGUCGACAGCCUUAAAAUUAAGGUGGCCGAUCUCGGCGGGCUUCGGCCCCUGUCCGUCGACGCGACGUACAAGGUUGCCUUGGAGGUCGACGGCCGCUCCAGUUGCGACAAGCACAACGUGUUCACCGUCCUCGGCUUCCAUGGCGAGGUGCUCGGCCUGGAGCCAUCAUACGUGGAGAGCCCUGUCUCUGUCUGCAGCGCGGCGGAGCGCGUGGUGCCAGCGGCGUUUCGCGACAGGGUCGAGCACGUGGCGGCGGACGUGGUCGGCCACCAGCUGGUCGCAUCCAUGCGCGAGAUAUUCCCGAACUUGAUGGGCAUGUCAUUCGACCCCGUGCACUUGUGCUUCUCCGCAGAUCGGCACUUCGUCAAACGCCGCAUGCGCCCGACAGUCGCGGGCUUGGUUCUGCGCUCGAUAAUAGGCAAAUUCAGCCAUCCUGACCCGUCCAACUCUCAGGGGCCUUUCUUCGACGGGACCCAAGUGCCGCAUCUUACCGCGGCCGAGCGAGCCCACAUUGGACACGUCGAGCAGGGCGACUUGCAGCCAGCCGCGGCUGCGCGCGUCCUGAAGGCCAUGGAUCCCAACGUGCCAAUGCGGUCUCGCAUCGAGUUCUGCAGGCUGCUUUCCAGUUUCGUGGCAGUGUAUCCAGACCGCCUGGAGACGAAGUAUGACAAGGUCACGUUCCGUGAGCAGUUGGUGGCGGCGUGUCGACCGAAUAGAGCAGAAUGGUUUUUCAACAAUGUCAGGUACCGUUCUCGAUUAACGGCGGACGCUAACGCCUUGCUUGGCACUGGCACGACCAGGAACGAGCAGGUGCGCGCCACCCUGAACUCUGAUUUCAGGCAGACUCUUCGGGUAAGCCACCAGAUGCUUGCAGCCGGGCUUCGGACCUGGGGCGCCAUGGAGCUGGCGCUCGCGCACCGGGCCCUGGCGGGUCGCGCGACCGUCCGGGUGAAGCAUGCAAGCAUGCGGCCGUUUGUGGUCGCCUCGGCCCAGCUGUUCACUCAG